CUGGGCCCGGCCCAAUAAACUCUCCCCUUCUCUCGGUUUCUCAAGUUUCUCAACUGUACGCACCUCGCACGACUCCUCUCACCGCCGCUCUUCGUUUUCCCCCUUCUCCCAUUUUCCGAACCAUUCGCCCACCUCCUCUCCAGCUUCGUCCCCGAUCAUUAUCCGGUCAUUACAUGCGGCGGUGAUCGGCCGAUUGCGCUCGCCGCCGAUGCGCCGACUCCGAUGGCCGCGCUUCACCCCCUCAAGAUCCCUCUCCCCGGGCUCUCGCAGAAUGAUGAGCUCCGCAUUCUUAGAUCACGCUAGGGACAGGGCGAGAAAAGGAGGGAUUCGCCAGUUUCUUGGACCGUUUUCCUACCUAUCAUCAUCUUCGUUGUGCAGAGUCGGCGCGGGUGUUGAUGAAAGAUGCCAUGGCUGCAUUGAAUCGACAGUGUUUACUUCAAUCCGGGGCUUUCAUGCUACAGCUCCACUCGGCGUGAUAGAGAAGGACUAUUACGCAAUUCUAGGUGUCUCUAAGGAUGCCAACAAGGACGAUAUUAAAAAGGCUUUUCACGCCCUUGCUAAGAAGUAUCAUCCGGAUGCAAAUAAAAAUAACCCGGCGGCGAAGAGAAAAUUUCAAGAGAUACGAGAUGCAUAUGAGAUAUUGAGUGAUUCUGAGAAAAGAGCACAAUAUGACAGGGAAUUCUCUAAAGGCACAGAGAAAGUAAGAUAUUCUGCAGAUGAUACAAGUGGGUUCCGGAGAACCUAUCGAGAUCCUUUUUCAGAUUUUCGCACGUCUAAUCAAGACCCUUUCUCUGAUACAUUCUAUAAGAUAUUUUCUGAGGUCUUUGAGGAUGACCGAGACAUUUAUGCAGAUGAUGCAGAGGUGGUAGUGAAUCUUUCUUUCUCUGAAGCGGCUAAAGGUUGUAUAAAACAGGUGGCUUUCGGCGCAAAAGUUCUUUGCGAUUCAUGCUAUGGAAGAGGGCACCCAGUCAGUGCGAAGCCAUCUAUCUGUCCUACUUGUAACGGCGUGGGAAGGGUUACGGUUUUUCCAUUCACAACCACUUGUGGUUCCUGCAGAGGGUCUGGGAAAAUAAUUAAGGAUUACUGCCUAAAGUGCAAAGGUUCAGGGGUGGUUGAUGGUGUGAAGAAUGUCAAUGUUUCCAUUCCAGCAGGUGUUGAUUCUGGGGAUACAAUUCGUGUGCCGGAGGCUGGAAAUAGCGGGAGACAUGGUGUCCAUCCUGGAAGUUUAUACAUCAAGCUGCAGGUUUCAAAAGACCCUGUUUUUGUUCGAGAUGGUGCUGACAUUCAUGUGGAGACCUGCAUAAGCUUCACACAGGCAAUUCUUGGUGGUAAGGUUGAAGUACCAACAUUGACUGGAAAAACACAAGUGAAGAUACCUAAAGGAGUCCAACCUGGACAGGUUAUUGUUUUAAGGGGUAGAGGAUUGCCAAAGCAAGUUGGGCUAGUGGAUCAUGGGGAUCAACAUGUGCGAUUCCGAGUGCAUUUUCCUUCGUCAGUUAGCGAACGCCAACGUGAAUUGUUGGAGGAGUUUGCAAUGGAGGAAGCCAUGCAAGAAAAUAUUAGAUUUGCUGAAGGAAGCUGGUGGCAGCAACUCAUUGGUAAUCUGACUGGCCCGAAGUUCAUGCUUGGCAUUGCCCUCAUCCUAUUGCUCAAUUUGCUGCUGAGCAAGAGUGUGUGAGCUAUAAGCACUGAUACUCCAGGUGAACGGAUCGGCAAUUAAUUGUACUUACCCGGGAUGAACGUAAGUAUGUCCCAUAUAAAUCCAACAUCUUAAGGAGGGAUCAGUGAUUUCACGUGGUGGCACUUAAAAUGUGACUUUUCUGCCAUAAGAUUGACUUAAAUAGAAAUUUUGAGGAGGUCAUUUGUUCACGAGGCUCCAAGCCAAAUGAUGCUGCUGUGCUGUUCGGAUUCUGAUACCAGCUUCUUAUUUGGCGGUCCGUUCUCUGUACCAUUUAUUGGUUCUCGAAAUUUUUUGAUUCAAAACACAUAGCGUCAAAAGUUGUAAUCUAAUAAAUCACAUACAGGAAAAAAUAUGUUAAUUUGCCUGGAAAUUUGGAUAUGAAUAUUGCAAAUAUUGCAAGAGUGCUACGAGCAACUGUCACAGAAUAUUUGUCUGCUUUGUUGCUCAUCCGCCAUUUUCCGCGCCAGUUCUUCCUUUGACAGUAUUGUUGCAGAAGAUUUCAGGAGUUCUGAGUUUUUGUUCUUCUUUUGGAGGUGUUUAUGUGUUGCUCGGCCUCAUCAUAAUGUAUCUGCUCAUCCUCAUCAUACUGCUCUGAGAAAGGUUUAAACAUUCUUGCUUUGACGCUCAGAUAUGAUUCACGCCAUCUCAGGCAAAUUUUGAAGAGUUUAACUGCUUCUGAACCAUCUUGUACAUUCCCAUGCAGGCAAUAUUCGCGUUUCUUUGUC